UAUUGUAGGAUAAAUGAUAGGAUGAAGAGCUGCUGUAUCAAAUGAAGAUGAAAAAGGAUGAACUUUGCCAAUAUCACCGCCGCUGAGCACAACCCUUUACAGAAAAGACUUAAGAUAGAGACGAGAUCACCACCUCCAUCAAGUUCGUAUACUGGCAUGUGCCCGACCUCUUCCAGUCCCCAAAUGCCGCUACCUCCUCCCCUCACUUUCAACAGCACGAAGAAUAAGUCCAAGCAGCAGGCGGCGCUUGUCUCCCCAGUAAAUGGCGUCCCGUCGGUAACGCCCUACACUGGUCAGGCACCCCAGAGCUGCCAAGUCCAGUCACAGCAACAGAGAAAUAGAGAGCCAGUCGUCUGUAAACACUCAACGGAAAUGCUCAGCAAACUGAACGCAAUCUCCAAGGACCUGAUAGCCCUAGCUGAGCUGGUCAAGGACGUACAGAAGCAGCAGUCACAGCUAACACACCAACUAUCAGAAACCAAGGAACGUGUCUUGCAAAACACCGAUUUGAUAAGGACAGUAAGCGAGCAGUUCAAAAUUCAGAUGUCAACCUUGCUGCAAGGUCAAGUCGAGCAAGCAGAUAUCGUCCGAGCUACAAGUCUCAAGUAUGAGGAGCAGAUGAGGCUCUGCAAGGAGGAUGUCGGCAUUUGUCAGAACAUGUGCAGCGACAUAAUGAAGCAAAACGAGGGUUUCACCUCUACACUUCAGUCGAUACGUGAGGCUGUGAUGCAGACAGCGCAGAAUACCAGCACUGCCGCACUGGAAGCAGCAAGUAACACUCAGCUACAGAACGCUGUGCCACACCUUACACACGAUCCCAUGCCAGCCAACAGCUCUUUACCACCUAGCAAUGAUAACAUUCAUCCCACUAACCUACAGCAGCAGCAACAGCCGUCCUCCCAACCCAUCCAAAACCAGAUUCAGACGAACCAAGGUCAGGGUAUACAAGUGCAACUAGCACCAGGCAACUACACAACUGCUCCCACUCUGCAGCAUUUGAACAAGAGUAAUCCCGGUCCAGCGCAGCCUAUGCAGAUCCAACUUGGUGAUAACAAUAAAUACUAUUGUAUUGGACCUAAUGGGGUCCAACAGUCUAUUCAGAUGUUUAGUGUGCCGCCACAGCUCCUUCAAGGAAUUCAAGCAAUUCAGAAUAUCCAGGGAGGCAACAACUUGGUGCAGAUAGUGUCCCCAGCAGCUGCCGGACAGAUCAAACAGAAGUCUAAUAGGCCCACUGAGAUCAGGCCAAAGACAGUCUCCACACCAAAGAAGAUGGAGACAAGCAAUGGUCUCUAUCCUCCAACAUCUUGUAGUGUCAACAACUCCUCUCCUAAAACGACCAACAUUCUGGAAGAAGCGAGCAAGGUCCUGUCAAAUCCGAGUAUGGAACAAGACUCUGACAGCUCUUUCCACCUCUACAACCACAACAACUCUGAAAAGGACGCCCUGUCCGAGGCUAUCAUGACAAUCCCGACCACGUACGCACAGCACGGCAACAACACGAACUUCAAGUUCGAGUGCAGCGAUAAUAUGAACGAUGGGAACCACGGUGAUGAAAGCAGAGCGAUGCAAGUGACGUCGGAGAUGCUCAGCAAAGCCAUCAACGUAGUGGAGGGUGAUCACAAUCUCUACUUUGAUAAGGUUUUGAUAGGUCCUAACAACGGCGAUAACCAGCAACAGAAACAACAGGAUCAUCACGUGCAAAUCCCUUCGUUUUUACCCGAGGAAGUAAUAAACUGCGUCUACAGGAAGAGCAAAGAACCUUCCAUAUAUGCACUUAACAUUUGUCGUGAAAUCCUCACUCGAGAGGAGUUCAUUAACAAUGACUUUAAAUCUUUUGUCAGUAAAAAUCCCCUGAAAUACAAAUUCAUCGAACACUUGUUAACGACAAAAUUUGGCCUGUACUCAGAUCACCUUCAGAGCAUCCUCAAGGAUGUGCGGAUAAAAUUUAACAAUUAUCAUCGGCACGUGAAGCGUUCUGUGCGGUUAAAGGAGAUCCAGAAACAGGAACAGCUUCAGUUGGAGAUAGAAAGACUGGAACAGCAGCAACAAGAACAGCAGCGGUCCACUGAUGAAAAAAUGUUGGAGUUAUUAAAACAAGAGCCCACCUCAAUGGAAGACGGUUCAUACAAACUGAUAGCUCCAAAUCAAGGCCAAGCCACUACGUCGUUUGCUUCCCUAGUCCCAAACCACGGGCAGCCCUCAACAACCUUUGCAUCAGACAACAGCUGAUCACCGUGGCAACACCAGCACUGGUGAUAAUCACGUGUCUUGCCCUGCCCUAGCCCUCUCUCUCUCUCUCUCUCUCUCUCUCUCUCUCUCUCUCUCUCUCUCUCUCUCUCUCUCUCUCUCUCUCUCUCUCUCUCUCUCUCUCUCUCUCUCUCUCUCUCUCUCUCUCUCUCUCUCUCUCUCUCUCUAUCUCUCUCAGGAGGUCCGAGCCAACCCUGUUGAGGAACGAUGAGAUCGACAGAGAGUCUGGUAUUUUGUUAUCAUUUGGUUAUCGGUUCAUCUUCUCAAGGGACAGUUCCAGUGGUGAUGCAAGGAAAUCUAAGAAAAUUGACCCUCUCAGCACUUCAAGCAUCCGAAUUCCCUUUAAAACGCAAACUUUCUUGCUGAAAACAAACUCACGAAGUUGUUGUAUUUGGAUGUUAGAUUGAGAAAGUGUAUUUUCUUGAGCAGUUCAUUAUGUUGAUUGUCGCUGUUGAAUAUAUGAUGAUAUAUGUGCAGAUGUAUAUUUCAAUCCCUUUAAUGAAACGAUAGAUCAGUAUUUAUACAGUGUUGGUUUUAAGGUACACGAUAUUAAUAGUAUCUAUUGUUAUACUGGUGUGCUACGUUUGGUUAGGAAUAUUAGCGUCACUCUGAAAUGGAUAGGAUAUAACGGGGACGAGAUGGCCAUUUUCCGGUCCCUCCCAGCCCCCCGUAUCAUUUGUUUCCUGAUCUGGACAAUAGUACCGAACCAAAAAUUUGUCCAGCACUGUCAUACGCCUUCGAGCCCAUAUAAUUCUGUAGACUUGGCCUAUUAAAAGGUAGAGCUCGAAAUUUGUUUGUUUCGACGCUUAAUUAACAGCACAUAACGUGCCAAAACUAAGAACUAUUUCUCGCCUUACAACCUGUUCUACAUUAUACUUGCCAAUUGCCAUGUGAUUUUAUUGUACGAUUAUUAAAUAUUGUUCUUUUAAUCUGAAUAUAUAAUGUCUGUUCACGAUUUUGUCUAUAUAUAUUAUGAUAUUUUAAACGUUAUAGGUUCAUAAAGUUGGUGUUACAUAUUUUUUGCUCCUUUUACACUUUUUUCCUUUAAUAAUAUAUUUUAGCCUCAAGAGUUUUUAUCUAGUUACAUAUCACCCGAGCACCUGGUUUGGUUAAAACGGAUGGUUUUUUAUUAUAUCCUAGAUGAUGUUUCAAGCAUAAUAGUGCACGUGGUGUAUGUCUUCAAGUUUGAUUACUUGAUUUUUAGUUUAUUUUUAUACAUUUUGUUAAUUUUUGAUUUCAUAAACUGAUUUCCACGGUGGAAUUCUCAAGUACAGGCCUCGAAGUGAACUCACGACGAUCAAUUUUUUAUUGUUUUGCUUUGUUGGUUGUCUCCUGUGAUGUUGGUUUUCUCCUGUGAUGUUGCAGUUGGUUUUACAUGUAUGAUUGUACGCUUCGUCGGUUUAAUCAAUAAGGUCCUGAAAAUAUUUAUUUUCAUGAAAAAUAAUGAAAUUUUUUGCGGAAACUCUUUGAGGCCUGAUCUGUAUGAUACUUUAAAAAACAACAACUGCUUUAUCGAUGAAAAUAAUGAUGUAAAAAUUUUGCGAUUUCUUGGAUAAAACCUUUCCUAUUAAUCAAUCACAGUAAAUUGAUAUUGUUAAAAGCUAAUUCAACUUAUAGGUGCUUAAUAAAAGUUUAUAGAAUAUACGUUAACUUGAUUAUUUGGCACAGAUAGUGUUAAUGUUAUAAAUCCCCGUAUCAUUUUACAUUCUGAAGAAAAUGUUAUGCGCUUACGCUUAGCCCACUUGUAUUAUUAACCAGACCUGGAAGUAAUUCACAGAAUUAUAUAUUAUAAGGUCACUUUGUUAAUGUAAUAAUUUAUUUUAACCAAAUAUUAUACACAACUUCUUAUUUA